CCUGCGCUAUCUCCGGACAUAAACAUGGCAGUCUCAGUUGGUGUUCCAUCCAUCUCCCAGCUGUCAGCGGGACAUGCGACUGUCUAUGAGAAUUUCUUCAGACAGGCAGAUGUGUCUAACACUGGUCAAAUUGGAGCAUCAGAUGCUGCAGCCUUCCUUAAAAAGUCUGGUUUAAAAGAGGGAAUUCUUCACAAGAUUUGGGAGCUAUCUGAUCCACAAGGAACUGGAUUUCUUGAUAAACAUAGAUUUUUCUUGGCACUGAGAUUGAUUGCCCUAGCACAGAAUGGUAAAGAUGUCUCACUGUCAAAUCUGAUGUUGCUAGUUCCAGCACCAAAAGUAGGUGAUGUGAUGCUUCCAGCUGUACCCCCUCCACAGGAAAGUACACUAUGGGCUGUAAAACCAGCAGAAAAAGCUAAAUAUGACAACAUUUUUGAAGGGCUACAACCAGUCAAUGGUCUUCUUCCAGGAGAAAAAGUGAGACCUGUUCUUUUAAACUCAAAGCUUCCUAUUGAUGUGCUUGGUCGUGUGUGGGAGCUUGCUGAUAUUGAUAAAGAUGGAAUGUUAGACAAUGAUGAAUUUGCAGUGGCAAUGCAUCUUGUGUACCGUGCAUUAGAAGGAGAUCCAGUCCCCCUAACGCUUCACGGCAAGCUUAUACCUCCUUCAAAAAGGAAAUUAAAACUGUCUUCAUCAGCUCCUUCCUCACCAUCUCCAAAGGGACUUACUCCACCAUCAGUCAGCAGUUCUGUUCUCUCCACAGUCACGACUACUCAGGAAAGCCCAUGGGUUGUUACAAGUGCUGACAAGUUGCGUUAUGAUGCCAUGUUCAAACAAGCCGAUAAGGAUGCUGAUGGACUUGUCUCUGGAGAAGAAGUGAAGAGUAUCUUUAUGGCAUCUGGGUUGCCGCAACAAGUUCUUGCUCACAUAUGGGGACUGUGUGACACAACAGGCCAAGGACGCCUAAACUCUGAGCAGUUUGCCCUUGCCAUGUAUCUUAUACAUCAGAAGGUUAUGGGUGUAGAUCCACCACAAGCCUUGCAGCCAGAGAUGGUUCCACCCUCCAUGAGGAGUGGAAGUGCUGCCAGCCCUGCUGGGGGAGAGGAAAGAGAGGGGGGAGGUGCUGGAUCUGUCAUUUCAACACUGAGUGAUUUUUCGGCCAUCAAAGAGCUGGACAAAAUAACCAAAGAAAUUGAAGACCUUGGGAGAGAAAAAGCCAGUUUGCAGCAUGAGAUCGAAGAGAAAGAAGAAAUGAUCAGACAAAGAAAUGGAGAAAUACAGAAUCUACAGAGUGAACUUGAAAAAACUAAACUGAAAUAUCAAGAAUUAGAGAGACAAAAAGCAGAUUCACAAGGCAAACUUGAUGACUUAGACAAAGAGAAAGCCAAAUUGGAAGAAAUGUUGAAAGAUGCAAAGCAGAAAUGCGAGGAAGAAACAAAAACGAUAAACAGUUUGCAAGCGCAAAUCGCAUCUUCGAGAAAAUCAGCCCUGCAACAAGAAGAAGAACUUAGCGACGCGAGAGAUGAAUUGAACAGAAUUAGAGAAGACGAAACCAAGCUAGAACGAGAGAUCGAGUCCAGUAAAGAACACUUAGAGACAGUCCAGAAACAAAUCAAAGCUGUUCAAACAGAAAUUUCGCAGGUCAGAUCAAAGGUUUCAACACUUGAAGAAACAAAUAAUAGCCUAAACGCCAAUAUCGCACAUUACAAUUCGUUGAUGAACUCCAAUAGUUUGUCCAGUGGUCCAGCGUCCAUUCCGGAUUUUGCACCUCUGACAGAUGCGUUUGACAUGACGCCGACUCCUUCAGAAGCCGAUGCCAUGAGUGUCAGAGCAACGGCCGGUAGCAGUCCCGUGAGCAGCAUAAGUGGCUUUAGUGUUGGAUCUGGUCGAGUAGAUGAAGCUGUAGAUGAUUUUAAGGAUACAGAUCCCUUCAAGAGCAAAGAAAAUUUAUUUAGUUCUUCGGAAACGGAAUCUAACGAUCCUUUCCACGUAGACGAUCCUUUUAAAACAGACCCAUUUCAUUACAAGAGCGUCUCGUUCGCGGACCCUUUCCCAGGCGAUCCGUUUGAGAACACUGAGGCGCGUCAUGACUGGCAUUCACGUUCUUCCCAGGGCGAAGAUUUGUUCAAAGGUGAUCCUUUCAAAAGUGACCUUCCAGCCAGUGCAGGAGCUAAUGGUUCUGGAGCAGGAAUAAGCAAUGGUUUAUCGUCUUCACCAGCAAAAUCAGAUCCUUUUGCUAUGGAUCCCUUCCAGAGCACAUUUCCAAGCAGCAAAAGUCCGGCAGAUAACUUUUUCAGCUCGGAUCCGUUUAAACCAUCUGGGAGUGGUUCAGAUACUAAGAAAAGCACGAAUAACUCACAGGAUAAAGAUUCUCUCUCGUCUGUCAAAGAUCCUUUCAGCAAUCCCUUUGGUCCUGAUCCAUUUGGUUCCUGAUGAAACUCGACCUUUCCCGAUUAAACAUGCCGAAUUGUCUGAAUGUCUUCAAAAGUGUCGGCAAGAACAAGAUUAUGGCUCUUGUAGUCUGCGGCCUCAAAAACUUUGUUCAAAGUUAACGAAAACUAAGCAACGACUGUAUUGAGAGUCGAUGGGAAAAAUAGCAGUUUCGGUCAAAAUUUUAUUUUGGAGAAUUAGCUGAGCCCGCGAUCAUCUGAGCAAGUUUUGUUAAGUGACUUUUCGAUCAAUUUAGAUAUCUGGUACGUUACUAACGUAACAGCGUUCGGCGUGCUGAUGAGCCUUUACUGAUAAGUAAGAACACUUGAUUUCAAAAUGAAAUAGAUGCGUGAAAAAUUGUGAUGUUUUCGAGAGGGGUUCGUCUUCGCAGAUUAAAGUGUCCGUUUGUGCGGUCUUUACUACGGGUUCAAUUACGGUUGCUGGGGCGAAUCAAAUGACCGAAAACAGUGAUGGCGGGCUCAGACAAUACUAUUGGUAAGGAAAGAAAGCAGAAUAUGAAGCUCAUAAAGUUCGCUCGCUAUCCUUUCACAUAAACCUAUGCAAAGCACAUUUUGAGUGACUGUUGUAAAAACAAUAACUGAGUAUUUACAACAGCCAGUCAGAACAAAGGUAGUUAUUCCAAGCAGUGAGCGAGAGUACAAAGUACAAAUGGCACACUACUUGUAAGACCAGAAAAAGCAGAUGACUAAGUCGCGUUUUGUUUGAAUUGGGCAUCACAUUUCCUGAAAGGAUGACUCGAGUUUCUCGUACCAAUUACAGAACGAAGUCAGAGCGAGGUGUGAACCAUAACCGUUGAAAUGCCGGCUUUCUUUCGAAAAUUGCUCUGGAUUGGCCGACCCUGCUUACCUUUAUGUAAAGGAAUAGAGUUUGCUAUGAGUUCCUUUUGUGAACAAAGUAUGUUUUCAUUUCGUAUUCAAGGAGUUUCCCCUUCACUCUCAGAAAAGAUUAACAUAUAACCUCUUCCUAUAAUAUCUAUACAUUACCCAUCAAAGGUAAUAUGAAUACUCGAAGUUAUCAGGUAGAAGUUGUUAUCUUGAUUUAACACCAAAUUCUUGUAACUAAUUGAAAGGAACUGUUAAGCAGUUAAAGAAGAGAAUUAACAAUUAGAACUUGAGAGUUCAUGGAUUGAGGUUGCAUCGCGUUACUAUUUUUGGAUUUUUUUAGCUGACUCAACUUCUUUGUCAAGUGAUUGGUCCAAGGACGAGUUGUUGACAAAAGCUCAUUUGAUAUGUCGGAACGUAUAAUGUAUUUAAUCACUGAAUUAUUUUAUUUUUAAACCACAGCAAUAAACACAUGCUAAGAACUAGGAAUUUUAUUGAACACACCACAGAUGCAACUGAUUCUUGCCUUGAAGUCUUAACAUUGCUUGACGUCACUGCUGACCUCAGUGAAUGAAGUAAAAUGUGAGAUAAACUUGAA